UUACUAUAGCACGUGUAUAUUACCCGUUAUAAACUAUAUACUUCGGCUUACUAUCCAACAACAGAAGCAUAUGUGAUAAAUUUUAUAUUAUGUUAUUGGAAGAUCUCUGAUGGAUAUUGAAUAAUUUGGACUUACAGUUUAGAAAUACCACCAAUAUUUUACCCUUUUCAGUACAUUUAGGACAGUUCAAACAUAAUAUAUUUGUACUCAAGUUUGCAACUGUUAUCUAAAACUUAUAUUCCAUUAUAACUGUGAAGCAGGUUUUGCCGUCAUUAUGCUGAAAUAAACCUGCCUGAGAUAACCGUUAUUCCAAGGAGUCUUCUAUCUGACUAAUUCUGUCUCGAUAACAAGAAAACAGUUAACACGGAACCGAUAACUUACUUAGCCCGUUAUUUCAAAGGUUUUCAAUGUUGGAUUUGUCAUUCAUCAUAAUAUCGAACGGAUAAAGAUCGACUCCAAGUGCACACUACUCUUGGUGUAAAACACUUAAGAUAUGAUCAUCUCUCUUAUACUAAGCUACUCCAUUAAUCGACUGAGAAUAAAGAUUGCAUAAUAACCCAUCCCUUCCGUCUAAUAACAGACACGUAUGUAAAUACUGUAAAAACGUAGUGCGAAAGAACUAUUAUUUAGAAGACUUGAUCCUGAGUAGGAACAGUAACUUUUGACAGGGUGUACUGUUAUAUUUAGUGGAGAAAAAUGAAAAGAAUACAGUCUAAAACAAUACAUAUAUAUUAAAGAGCUUAUAUUUGACAGUAUAUUGUAUACAUAAUAGUGGAUUUAUUAAGUUCGAAACAAUUGCAUUGAAGUGAGCAGUAUGACUACUUAUCCAUCAACUCUACCUGCCGCGGGGCUAAUAUUAGACAAAACAGUAACAAACGCGACGAUGGCCGUUCAAGCCGCAAAUUCAACCAACGACGUUAUCAUGGAAGACAACUUGACAGAGGGAAAUGUCUUAAAUCCGUUCGUCAUCUCUACAGAACCGGAAGCUAUUGCGGUCCCGAUCGUGUUCGGAAUGAUAUUUUUGGUUGGGAUUAUUGGAAACGGAACGUUGAUUUAUACGGUUCUGUUUAACAAAGUUAUGAGAAACGUACCGAAUGUGUUAAUAGUUAGUUUAUCUAUAGGUGAUUUACUACUGAUUCUGGUAUCAGUUCCGUUCUCUGCGACUAUAUUUACGUUUAUAGGAUGGCCAUAUGGUGAUCUAGUUUGUCGAUUCAACGAGUUCAUGCAGACUUUAUCCUUAGGAGUAUCAGUGUUCACCUUAACUGCAUUGAGUGUUGAUCGGUAUUUGGCGAUUGUAGAUCCUAUGUCCAAACAUACAGGAAAAACUAUGGCGAAAACGCUGGCUUUAGCUGUAUCCAUCUGGUGUUUUUCGGCUGUGAUCGCUAUCCCUGAUGGUGUUUUAACUAACGUUGUCACUCUCAAUUUAAACGGUACGUAUAAACAUGCCUGUUUGGCCUACCCUAUUUCUAUGAUAGACACAUAUCCAAAAUAUCAUGCUUUAGUGCGGUUUCUGAUAUAUUUCGCUAUUCCGAUACUCAUCAUUGCCGUAUUCUAUCUUAUGAUGGCCCGAAUUCUAAUCAAGAGUGGCGAAACCAUGCCCUGCGAAGGAAAGGGAGCCUUGAACCACCAGAGGCAAAUUGCCGCGAGGAAGAAAGUAGCCAAAGUUGUCAUGUCUUUUGUGCUAAUUUUCGGUGUCUGCUGGUUGCCACGCCAUAUUUAUUUGUUAUGGUUCUUUUAUGACUCUGCCUCUUACAACCAAUUCUGGCAUAUCUUCAAAAUUCUUGGAUUCUGUUUAACUUUCAUCAAUUCUUGUGUCAAUCCAUUCGCACUCUAUUUUCUCAGCAGUCAGUUCAGAAAAUACUAUAACCGAUAUCUGCUGUGUUGUAUACCCAAGACUCGUUAUACCAGUCUCGAACCCUCAUCUACAAUGCAUAACUUUAACAGCACUGUUCGUCGAGCAAGCUCCACAACCACCACCAUUGUCCAGUCUCAAUCAAUGUGUUGAGAACAGUUGUCUAGUCUUAAUCAAUGUGCUGAGAACAAUUUUUCAGUCUCAAUCAAUGUGCUGAGAACAGUUGUCCAGUCUCCUCGGACAUUGACAUUUUGUUGUGAUUUGUAAAACAGAAAGUUGAAAUUAAUUAAUAUAUUGUUCGGGCAUUCAGAAUAGCUUCCCACCAAAACUUGAUUUUUGGAACCAUUUUGAAGACACGAAUGUGCUAAUAGACAUGUUAUGGAGACCUAUGAUAUCAUAGGGAAAUGGUGUAGUUUGUUUUUGUUGAGAAAUGAUAAAGACUUUUAUGAAUGUGAUAUGAUCAGAUUGUUUUUGGUCCCGGUCCCUACUCAUUUGUUGUUAUUUUUGUUGUUGUUAUUGUUGUUGGGGGCAACACUUUUCGAAAAUAGCUCACGGCGAUUGACAUUAACCUUGGUAUGUUUGUUCCUUGGACAAUUGCGUAUGGAUUGACGAACUUCCAUUUUUGAUAUGACGUCACAUUUCCAAGAUGGCGGCGAUGACGUUAAGUAGUGUAUUUAUUAAAACAAAAUGUGGAAAUUGUAACACCAUAUAGAUUUUAUGAUAUCUGUUGAGUUUAAUUCAAAGACUUCUGCUUGCUGCAUUACUAAGAUAGAUAAUUAGAUCUCCUUUCACAACCGCGACGAAUGUUUAUUAUGGUACUUACCUCCAGGGACAUUAAUCAUAAUUUAAUAUGUCACAUUAAGAGCUUUUUUGUUUGAGGUAAUUAAUCAAAGUAUGUAUUGAAAGGUCAUUUUUUUGGAUACUUGGACGAAAUUUCCUACUUCUUCUACGCAUGCCGAAACUUCUGUAUAUUCUAGGCUCAUUAAUAUCAUUGCCAUUUGUUGUCAACGCCAUAAUGAGAGUUGGAGAGAAAUCGGGUUUAUUAGCGUCCACUUAACACAAAGGUCAUUUCGUGACUAAUACAUGGUACACUUUUAUUUCAAUUAUUGACUUGCUUGCACGUAGAGGUCUUUAGCAGUGGAAGGAAUCCAGAAGACCCGGAGAAAACCCUCGAGGGCUUCGAGUCAUCUAUUGGGCACUUGAGAACAAAACAGGAAUUAAAUACUAAUAGUCUACGCCAUUGCGUCAAAGUUCACCCCUUACGUGAUCUCCCACAGAAACCCAAUCAAAAAAGGGUGAAUCCAAGCAAAGAGUAAAGAAACGAAACGAAAUUUCGAUUUGUAUUUUAAUCAGAUGGCUAAAACGAUAAGAUUAGGAUGUUUAUGAAGCCAUGCAGUGACAAAUAAAUAAAAAAAAUAACAUUUCUUAUCAUUACGAUUGUAGCCGCAGAUUUAAAAAGAAAAUUAUCUGAUAUUCAGAUAUCUUUAACUCGUCAACUAUGGAUUUGACGAUAUAUUUUUUUUAUUUACAUCGUGGUUAAGAUGCAUUACCAAGUACAUAGUAGGCUAGUUACAGCCUGAUUCUAAAAGUAGUAUAUUAAUAUCUUUAACCAAUCAAAGCGAAUCUGGAAUAACUCACUGCACCUGCCAUUGCCUAAACUCUAGGAUUGUAUACAUUUUUGCAUUGGUCGACGUCAGAGAAGUUACAUAAUCUCUGUAGAUUUGGACAUAAACGUAUUUAUAUUUAUUUAUAUAUGUCUUAUUUACCAGAGGUUGUGUAUUGUGGUUUAGCGAGACUAAUGCGAACAGGAAUUCAAUAUGGUGGAAACAUUAGAUAAUUUUAUGACAGGCCCAAAACUAUUCAUUUUUAUACGCCCACAUAGAAAAAUGGUCAUAUAUUGUCGUCGCCUCCAUCCGUCAGUUCAGCGUCCACAAUUUCUUGUGGACGCUCUAGAUCCUAAAGUCAAUAUCCGAUUGUCUUUAAAUUUAUACCCAGUGCUUAAGGCCACGAGAACCCUAGUCAUUUUCAACGAUUUCCGAUAAUUACCACCAGAGUUAUGGCCCUUGAUCACUUUGAAAAAUCUUGCUUAACGUCAUGAGACAAACAAUCGAAACAAAUUUUAAUGAUUUCUGAUAAUUACAUAAUGGGUUAUUACCCUUGUUGACUUAGCUGAUGUGGGCGUAUGUUUCGUUGCCUGGCAACCUAUCUUUUAGUUCUUGGAGGUAUUGAUAAAUAAAUAGUGAUUCAAGUCUAGUGAAGUUUGUUUUGUUUAAAAGAUCUAAACAAACAUUUGGAACUAAAAUCUUUUGAGAAAAGCAAUUAAGUACUUUAUGGUUUUAAAUUCCUUUCUUUUUUUUUUUUGAAGAAAUAGCAAGAAGAAUUUAGAAUGUGAAGCGCGUGUCCAGUUGGCGCUCUAGGGGGUCCACACACCCCUCACUCCCACGUCCUGCGGUCGGAGAGAAUAUUUUCUCUAAUUCAUUCAUGGAAAUAACGCCGUUUUGACCCCACUCCACUGUAAUCAUAUACAUGUAUGCACCUAAAUGAGCAGAAAUAUUGUUUCAAAGCUUCUGAAUUUACCAAAUUCCCGCGUAAUUCCCACACGACCUUGGAUUCCCCGCUGCUCAAAUUUCUGUACACGCCUCUGAAUGUGAAUUCAAAUUGGCGUGAUCUAAUUAUACUCACACUCAUCUAAUGUAGCAACAGAAAUCAGUAUCAAAACUAUUAUAUUUAUUUAAUAAUAAUAAUAAUAAUAAUAAUGUAAAUAUAUUAUAUAUAUUUGUUGUGUAUAUAUACGUCAUUGUUUGGUCCAAUAUUAGAUAUUAUUAAUUUAUGUAAUGCUUUAAUAUUUGUUGUGAAUAUACAAUAUAUGUAUUAAAAUUUAGAGGAUAUGUAACAAAAAUAUGAAUUGUCUUUUAUCAUCACACAACGUUGUAAUAUUAUAAUAAUGUUACAAUUGAUCCGUUUUAGAAUUCAGUAUUUGACCAUAGGCAGGUUAGACGAGAAAAAUAAAUACUA